AUGUCAACCGCUAGAGAAGCCGAGGAGCUCAAGCAGCAGGGCGUUGUCGAAGCUGCUGCGAAUCCCGAAACCAACGUCACUGCGGAUGACGCUCAAAGAACCAUUGUCCAGGCGUCUCGAAAUGCUGGUGUGGCGGCUUUCACCUUCGACCCAGAUGCCAGCCCAGAACAGAAGAAAGCUCAAGCCAAAGCUGCCAUCCCUCCCGAGCUUCAACACAGCAGACGGCCCAAGGGCGCUGCUAUCAUCACCGACGUCGACGACGGCACCGGUCCUGACGAAGAUCUACCAGAACCCAGCAAGGACGGAGUCUUGGACGUUGCUCGCGAUGAACAAGGAAAACCACUUGCAGACGGUGUCGAUCCUGAAGGCGACGAAGUACCAUACUCAAGAACAGGAUGGGCUCCGCGACUGGGAUGGCCCGAGGACGAUGCGACUGCGCAGGAGAGUCUGCUUGAUCACGAAACUUGGGUAGAGUCGCAGCUUCCGGAUACUUUGUAUGGUGAUUGGUAUCAUAAUACCGGUGUAAUCAUAUUCGCAUGUGUUACUUCCUGGCUUGUCGCUGUCUUUGGCGGCGGACUGGGCUGGGUCAUCAUCGUUAUGGCCUUCUGUUCUACUUACUACCGCACAUCGCUACGAAGAGUGCGACGCAACUUCCGAGACGACAUCUCUCGCGAGAUGGCUCUGAAGAGGCUGGAAAACGACAACGAAUCUCUCGAGUGGAUUAACUCCUUCAUGGUCAAGUUCUGGCCCAUCUACCAGCCAGUCCUUGCCCAGACCAUUAUCAACUCUGUCGAUCAAGUCCUGAGUUCUGCUACCCCUUCAUUCUUGGACAGUCUGAAGCUCAAGACUUUCACAUUGGGUACCAAGCCCCCCCGCAUGGAGCAUGUCAAGACGUAUCCCAAGACGGAGGAUGACAUUGUCAUGAUGGACUGGAAAUUCAGUUUCACUCCCAACGACACUGACGACAUGACUUCCCGCCAGCUCAAAAGCAAGAUCAACCCCAAAGUUGUGCUCGAAAUUCGAAUCGGCAAGGCCAUGAUCAGCAAGGGACUUGACGUUAUUGUCGAGGAUAUGGCCUUCUCUGGCAUCAUGCGACUGAAGAUCAAGCUGCAAAUCCCUUUCCCUCAUAUCGACCGUAUUGAGAUGUGCUUCCUGGAACGACCGACCAUCGACUAUGUCUGCAAACCCUUGGGUGGUGACAACUUCGGCUUCGACAUCAAUUUCAUUCCUGGUCUGGAGGGAUUUAUCCAAGAGCAAAUCCACGGCAACUUGGCUCCGAUGAUGUAUGCGCCCAAGGUAUUUCCAAUUGAGGUCGCCAAGAUGCUGGCUGGUUCUCCUGUCGAUCAGGCUAUUGGUGUCAUUGCGGUGACUCUUCAUGGUGCGCAGGGCUUGAAGAAUAGUGACAACUUCGGCAACACUGUUGAUCCUUACGCAUCUUUGAGUUUGAAUCGUCGUCAAGAGCUGGCCCGAACAAAGGUCGUACACGACAACCCCAACCCCAGAUGGAACGAGACACACUACAUCAUUGUCACGUCUUUCAACGACACUUUGGACAUGCAAAUCUUUGACCACAACGACUUUCGAAAGUCGAAGGAACUGGGUGUUGCUUCAUUUCCACUUGAGAGUAUCGAAGAGCUCAAUGUCCACGAGAACCAGCGAUUGGAGGUCAUCUCCGAUGGCAAGGCUCGCGGUGUUGUUUCCUGCGACAUUCGUUUCUUCCCCGUGCUUGAGACCGUCAAAAACGCCGAAGGACAAGACGAGCCACCUCCUCCGUCCAACCAGGGUAUUCUCCGAUUUACCGUGGAGCAAGCCAAGGAUCUGGACGGUACCAAGAGUCUUGUAGGAUCUCUCAACCCUUACGCUGUCAUGUUUUUGAACGGCAAGGAAGUGCACCAAACCAAGAAGCUGAAACGUACCAACAACCCCAUCUGGGACAAUGGUUCCAAAGAGAUCCUCAUUACAGACCGAAAGAAGGCCAAGCUUGGUCUCACAGUCAAGGACGACCGUGAUCUUGCCGGCGACCAAGUUGUUGGAAAAUACCAGAUUAAGCUCGACGAAAUGCUCGAGUGCAUGGAGCAAGGCAAGGAGUGGUACAACCUGCACGGUGCACAAACGGGUCGUGUUAAAAUGAUGGCACAGUGGAGGCCCGUUUCUAUCUCCGGUGUAGCGAGCACUGGUGGCUACGUGACCCCUAUUGGUGUUCUGCGUCUUCAUUUCAAGAAAGCUACUGAUCUUCGAAAUUUCGAGGCAUUCGGCAAGUCGGAUCCUUACACUCGAAUCCUACUCUCUGGUAUCGAAAAGGCACGAACUGUCACUUUCCGGAACGAUCUCAACCCCGAGUGGGACGAAGUUCUCUACGUGCCCAUUCACUCUGCUCGCGACAGGCUUGCUUUGGAAGUCAUGGAUACGGAAAAGGUUGGAAAAGACAGAAGUCUGGGACUGGUUGAGCUCUUCGCCGCCGACUAUGUUGCUCAGGACGAAACUGGCGAGUAUUUGGUCAAUGACAGGAAACAGCUACGCGAGGACGGCCUCCGUCUGCACGGCAAAGGUAUCGCCAAGGGAGUUCUACAUUACACGGUUGCCUUUUACCCUUGCCUCAAUGUCGCUGAUCCCGAGGAUGAGGAGGAGGAAGAGAAGGAGAAAGAGGGAGAAGCUGAGAAUGAUAAAGAUUCUUCCUCUGGAGAGGAACCGUCUCCUGUGCAGAGAUCUAGCGAGGCCGGCAAGUUCAGCGCCAGUUUGGAUAAACCCAAGGAGAAUCACUUGGAACCCCCUACACCUACAACAGCUGGUCGCCCCUCAAUCGACAUGCCCAAGGGUCCGCGCAAAAUCAGACUCACCCCCGAAGAGCUUCUCAAGUACGAAAGUGGUUUGCUCAUCUUCCGACUCAUGGAGGCAGAAAUGCCCGACAGCCACAGCCACUUGGAGGUUCUCGUGGAUGAUAUGGCGUACCCAUCCUAUAUCUCUUCAACUGCUCGCAACAAACAUCACAAAUUCGAAGAAAUUGGAGACUGUUUCAUCCGCGAACUCGACUUUUCUCGACUUACUCUUCGGGCUCGCAAGAAGGGUGACGACGACGACGACCUCCUAGCGUCGCUCGCCGGCAACACCUUGGAAACGCUCAAGCAAUGCUUGAACAACCCGACAAUUCUGAAGCUCAAGGGCGAGGAUGGGCGCCCCGCAAGUGUCAAGGUCAGCUUGAAGUAUAUCCCAGUCAAGAUGCAGCUUGACCCAAGCGAAAGUAUUAACAACAUGGGAACACUUCGUGUUGAUGUUCUUGAUGCUGUCGAUCUUCCUUCAGCCGAUCGCAAUGGCAAGAGUGAUCCUUACUGCAAAUUUGAGCUUAACGGCCAGGAGAUUCACAAGACUAAGGUGGUGAAGAAGACAUUGAGCCCCACAUGGAACGAAUACUUUGAGGUCAAUGUUCCUUCAAGGACUGCUGCACAGUUCAAGUUGACUGUGUGGGACUAUGACUUUGCGGACAAGCCUGACUUCUUAGGUGGUGCCGAUAUCAAUCUCGAGUCCCUGGAUCCUUUCAGGCCGUCAGAGACUAAGUAUAUCCUCGAUGGCAAGUCAGGAAGCGUGCGCAUCCGACUCUUGUUCCGACCCAGCUAUGUCCAGCGAGCGCGUCAGGGCACAUCCACCUUCGGCGGUACGUUUGCGUCAGCUCCCGGACGUAUCGUCACCGGUGUUGCUGGUGCGCCCAUCAAGGGCGGUGCCGCUGUGGCGGGAGUUGUUGGCCACGGCGUUGGCAGGGGAGCCUCGUUCCUCCGCCGCGGUAUCUUCAGCAAGAAGGACAAUAGCGACAUCAUCGAAGAGGAUAAUGAAGUUUUUGAGUCCCAAGCACUAAGUCCUAAUGGCAACGAUGGCGCCAAUGGUGGGCUACGUCGAUCACCAGCUAUAAACGAAGAAGGCAGCUCGAAUGGCAGCCGUCCUCCUACCAGCAAUGGCCAUAUUCGGUCGAAGAGUAUCGGCCAGUCGUCGACUCACAGCGCCAAUCCAGGAGCCCCUCCGAGCGGUACAGCUUCUUUUACCGUGGUCGAAGCAUCAGGCUUCCCUCCUGCGUCUGAUCUGUACGUCAUAAUCACGCAGAUCAACCCCAGAGAGAAGACAGUGGGCAAGACCAAGCACUUCAAGUCCAACAGUGGACAGUGGACAUUUGGAGAGACGUUCAAGUUCCCAUGUUCACCUGACGCACAGUUUAAGAUUGAGGCCAAGGGUCAACACACGUUUAGCAGCGAUGAUGACCUAGGCGAGCACAUCUACUUUGUUGACGAGUCAGGCUCCUCGGUUGCUAAGGAGCUGUCUGUGGGCAGCGGAACAGUGACACUCAAGAGCAGCUUUCAAGCCACUGAAUCAAACCUAGUCCCAGACAGUCCUAAAGCUCACAUGCGCCGAAGCUUCAUGAGUAAGCGGGAUGGUCGACCUAGCCGGGAGGUGACACCGAAUCCUUAA